AUGCAGAUAGUUAUCCCAGUGUUAGAGAGGUAUUUGGUGGUUUUCGAAAGCUUUCCAAUCUUCCUCCUGUUGGCAAGGAGCAGUGACCUCAGUCAGCUGUCCUGCAGCCUUCUGACUAAUGAUCCUCAGGAGCAGCAGAACAACAGAGGUAUAAGGAAGAGAUUUACUCAUUCUGGCCAGAGGCUGAAGCAGCAGAGACAGCAAAGCCAAUGUGAUUCAUUGAAUGAAGACAGUGGACAAUUACCAGCCACUUGUUCACCUUUUGCCUUGGAUAGCCUGAGCUGAAACUACUCGCUGAAAAUGACGCAGCAAAUGCAUAACUUGAGUCUCCUGCAGACUAAAAAGCACAGCUUGCCAUCCUCUCCAAACGCUGCCAAGCGGCUCUACCGGAACCUCUCUGAGAAGCUGAAGGGCAGUCACACGUCCUUUGACGAAGCCUAUUUCAGAGCUCGCUCUGACCGGCUCAGCCUCCGUAAGACCUCAAUGAAUUUCCAGUGCAAUGAAGCUAUGUUUGAGGCUGUAGAACAGCAAGAUCUGGAUGCUGUUCAGAUUCUUCUUUAUCAAUACACACUGGAGGAACUGGACCUGAACACACCAAACAGUGAGGGACUAACUCCUUUGGAUAUUGCCAUUUUGACAAACAACGUUCCUAUCGCUAGGACCCUUCUGCAUGUUGGGGCAAAGGAAAGCCCACACUUUGUUGACACGGAAAGCAGGUCAGUGCACCUGAGUACUUUGGUGCAGGAAGCAGAGCAGCGAGUUACUGAACUGUCUGCACAAGUGCUGAAUGAGGGCCUUGGAACAGAGCACACAGAGAAGGAGAAGCAGCUGAAAGCGUGGGAGUGGAGGUCCAGGCUGUACAAGCGCAUGAAGGCAGGCUACGAGCAUGCUAGAGCCCCUGAGGCGCCAACCAAUGUCUGUCUCAUGGUAACAAGCAGUACAUCACUCACUGUCACCUUCCAAGAACCUCUGAGUGUCAACUCAGCUGUGGUGACCAAGUAUAAAGUGGAAUGGAGCUCUUCAGAAGAUUUUUCUCCUUUGCAUGGUGAAAUAAUUAUGGACAAUCUUCAGUCUUUGAGAUGCACCAUCACAGGUCUCAGAACGGGCAAGAGGUAUUAUGUCCAUGUUUCAGCAUGCAACAUGAGAGGCUGGGGACCUCCACGCAAAUCUACUCCAGAAUAUGCUUCUCCUUCAAACUGGAAAGACUGCAGUGGAAGAGAACCUCGGCACAGGGGACACACUGAGGCCCUGGAACGCCUCCUUCAGCAGGUUCGAGCAGCUCAUCAGCAUUAUAAUUGCAGAGAAAGUUCUAAAUUACAGAACACUGGUCGCAAGCAAUCAGUUUCCAGAAGCCUGAAGCACCUUUUCCAUUCAUCAAACAAGUUUGUGAAGACUCUGAAACGGGGACUCUACUUAUCAGUUAUAUUUUUUUACAAAGAUAAUUUACUAGUAACCAAUGAAGACCAAAUCCCAAUUGUGGAAAUUGAUGACUCUCACAGUAGUUCAGUUAUGCAGGAUUUCCUGUGGUUUACAAAGUUGUCUUGCAUGUGGGAUGAUAUCAGAUGGCUGAGGCAGAACAUGUCUGUAUCUGUGUCCUCAUCAACUGCACUUCAAGCCCGGCAAAAGAUGCUUUCAGCAGCAGCACAGCUACAGAAUUUGCUGGGAACUCACAACUUAGGCAGAGUUUUUUAUGAGCCAAUCAAGGAUCGACAUGGCAAUAUGCUGAUAGUUACUAUAAGAGAAGUGGAGAGUCUUUAUUCAUUUUUUAAUGGCAAAUGGAUGCAGGUAUCCAAACUACAAAGCCAGAGGAAAUCCCUUUCAACUCCAGAGGAGCCAACAGCAUUAGACAUCUUGCUUAUAACAAUCCAGGACAUACUUUCCUAUCACAAACGAAGUCAGCAACGCCUCCCUCCUGGCUUGUACCUGGGUUACCUUAAACUCUGCAGUUCUGUGGAUCAAAUCAAAGUGCUUGUGCUGCAGAAGUUGCCUAAUGUCCUGUGUCAUGUUAAAAUCCGAGACAACAGCAACGUCUCCAGAGAUGAGUGGGAAUGGAUCCAAACACUUUCUGGCUCUGAAUCUGUGGAAAGUAUGGAUCAUACUUCAGACUGCCCUACUCAAUUGUUCUUGUAUGAGCUCCAGAUGGCAGUGAAAGCUCUCCUUAAACAGAUCAAUCUACCUCUGCAUCAGGCUAAGCACUUCCGUCUGUAUACACAGGAGGUGUUGGAACUGGGUCACAAUGUCUCCUUUCUUCUCCUGCUCCCCGCCUCAGACGACGUCUGCACUGCCCCGGGACAGAAUAAUCCUUACACCCCACACUCAGGAUUUCUUAACCUCCCUCUUCAGAUGUUUGAACUCGGUAUAGUAGCUUGCUUCACCUAG